AUGCCGCUGACUCAUACCAUCAGUAAAAGCGAGUUGAAACGAGGCGACCACAUUUACGUGAGUCGUACCCUCCACUCUCACCAUGGCAUCUGGGACGGCAGAGAAGUCAUCCACUUCAGAGGCAGACAAUGUAACAACGAAUUCAAUGCGAGAAUAAGAAGAGAUGCCCUCCACGUAUUCCUAGACGGUGCAAAGCUUAAGAUCUUCCGUUACGGUAUGAGCAAGCGGGAUACAUGGUACAAGAUCAACUACUUGUCUUCAACGCAAGAGAGCGACCCGCCGGAUACGGUGAUGGCGCGAGCGGAGCUCAGAGAUAAGGAUUACAACCUGAUUUUUAACAGCUGCCAACAUUUCGCGCUCUGGUGCAAGAUGGGAGAACGCGCGGGCAAU